UUGUGGUUCUGUGGGGCUGCUGAGCCCUGGAGAGGUUUCCACUGUGUGUUUGACCUUAGAUUUUGAGCAGAGGGCCCCAGGCCCAUCCUCCCGCCUUGAGAGGCCAAGAGAGACAGCCAAAUCCUGUGGAGGCCCAGUGAGCCCGUGGAGUCCGUGGCCUGCUCUCAGCGCACAGCUGCUUGGGGACAGACCUUGCGGUGUGGCACAGCAUAAGUCUAGCCCAGAGAAGACACGUGCAGAAAGCUGACGUGUGCUCCCUCUCUGUCAGGUCCAGCUGUGUCCUGUUGUCCAUCAGCUCCAGAUCCUGGUCAGCUCUUCCCAACCUCAGAGAAGCCAUGGGCGCCUGCUGCAUUCGGUGUUUCCUGCUCUUUCUGCUGGGAGCCUCCCUCUGGACUUUGGUCCGAAAUCUGCGCUGUGAGGUAGGCACAGCCCUGAGUUUAGAAGACGAUCCGAGUCAAACCUUUAACUGGACCUCGAAGGCCGAGCAGUGCCUCCCUGGAGAGCUGUGCCAGGAGACCGUGGUGUUAAUCAAAGCUGACGGAGGCAAGACUGCCCUUCUGGCCAGUAAGGGCUGCACCCCUCAAGGCACGGAGUCCAUGACCUUCAUCCAGUACACGCCGCCGCCUCCGGGGCUGGUGGUGGUCUCCUACAGCAACUACUGCAACGACAGCCUCUGCAACAGCAAAGAGAGCGUACGCUCCUUCUGGUAUCAGCCGGGGGCCGCAGCGACCGCCCGUCCGCCCGGAGCCCUCCGCUGCCCAACUUGUGUGGCUCUGGGGUCCUGUACCAGUGCCCCCUCUCUGCCCUGUGCCAAUGGCACGACUCAGUGCUACCAAGGAAGACUUGACUUCUCCGGAGGAGGCCUGGAGUCCACCGCUGUGGAGGUCAAGGGCUGCACCACCGUCGUCGGCUGCAGACUGCUGGCCACCCUGAACUCAGUGGGACCCCUGACCGUGAAGGAGAGCUGUGGCUACCGCCCAGUCCUUCAGCCCCGACAGGCAGAGAGCGGGGGCCCCUGGGGGCACGCUUCGCUGUGGGCGCUGGAGCUCCUGCUGCCGGCGGUGCUGCUGGCCCUCGCCCACUUCCCGUGA